AUGGCUAUCAUGCGCGGGAGGAGCCGGUUAACGUCGGGGGCGCCACCGCCGUCACCGAUCCCGACUGCCAAAGGCUCCCGCUCUGCAUCCAACGAGAACUUCACGCAAUUCCUCGACAAGUGCCUGCAAAUCCCCGACCUCGCAUGGCCACCUCAACUUCACCCUCACUUCUCCGGCACACGCCAUCCCGUUCCCGCGGAAGUCGAUCUCCGAUCGUUCUCCAGCGACGCCAUCGCGCGGCUUCUCGUCUCGGCCAGAGAAUCCGGCGCGUUUCGGAUCACCAAUCACGGGAUUUCGGCCGAGGAGUUGGGAUCGGUGGUUCGGGAAGCCGAAUCGGUUUUCGGAAAUGACGGAAAUCUCAGUCGACGUUUCGUUGAGCGCACUGGCAAUCGCGAGGAGAUUAAAUGGGUUCUUGAAUCGGGCCAAAAAGUGGUGGAGGACGAAAAAUAUCGGGGCUUUUGUAAAAGUAUGGAGAAGGUUGCAGGCAAAGUUGAAGCAAUUGCAGAUCAAGUGAGUGAAGUUUUGUUCGCAAAUGCAGAGAAGCAAGUUGAGAAGAAGAUGAGAAGUGAAAUGGGAAAAGUUAGGCUAUACAGAUACAAUCAUCAAGAUCAUUCAAUGGAGCAAAACCCAAGUAGUAAUUAUUUGCAGAAUGAGAUCAUUAAUGGAAAUAAUUUGCGUGAGUGUGAGGAUCAUGCUUUGUGCCUUCACCUUCCGCUUGAGCAUUCUCAGUUCAACAUCCGAUCAGAGGGAGAGGGAGGCUCUCUGUGUUUUGAUGCAGGGCCGGAGACUCUAGUUGUCACUGUUGGAAAUCAGCUUGAGGAGAAAUGA